AUGAAUGUCAAAGGUCUGGUCAAAGGUGUAGCAGAAGGGUGGAUAAACCUUCAAUAUGGGCCCGCCUUCAAAUUCAUCAAACUGAUCCCCCUGACAUUCAUAAUCCCCACCGUCCUCUUCCUGUGCCUCUCCCUCGCCGGCUGUUUGUCGUCAGCACCCACCAUCCCCUCCCUCUACGUCGUGGCCCUGACCUCCUCCUCCAACGGCACCUUGUCCAACAUGCAAGUCCGCCUCGGCUACUUCGGCAUGUGCGGCGACGACGGCGACACGCGCACCUGCUUAUCAGCAGCAGGCCAUUACGACCCCGACGAGCCAAAGGAUAUCAUCACCCUCACGGAGCUUCUGUUUCCGGAAGUAAUGAACAACAGCAACGCGCGCGGCGCGAUCCCGGAACUCCAAAAUAUGGUCUUGACGGGGCUGGACUUGCAGGACCAAAUCUUUGGCAAAGUUUUGCUUACGGGAUCAGCCUUGUUUGCGAUGGGUCUGGUGCUCAUGUUCCCUUACAAGUUUAUGGUCAAAAAGCCGCUUGCUAAGCUAGCGAUCGACACACCCCUCACAAAAAAACAAAUGGUCAUCAGACGCGGGUUCUACUCAAGCAUGUACGCGGGUCUGAUGAUUGUGUUUGCUGCGUGCCUGGGUACCACCGAGACGGCUGGUGCUUUGGGACACGCGACGGCGCAUAUUCAGGGCAGCAGCAUUUUGAUGAAAGAGGGCGUGACGCUGCAGGUGUUGCAGUGGAUGGCGUUCGGGUUCAUGUUUCUUUUUGUCUUGACGAUGCCCGUCAUGUUGUUUGUGAGGAGGGAGAAUCCGCUGGAUGAGUUGCUGGCGAUGAAGAAUAAUCCGGCGGCAAUGAAGGAGAAGGCGUUUGGGUUUGCCAAGGAGUAUGCGAUGGAUAAGGCGGCGGGGGUGAAGAGGCCUUCGAAGUUGGCGGGGAUGUUUGGGAGGGGAAAGACGAGGGAGGUUCCCGAGGAUAGUAAGGUUUAA